AAAAAAAUUUUUUUCCCACACACAAUAUCUUGAAAGAAAGAAUCCAGUGAUUGAUUUUCACCGGCAAAUUAAAUUUUUUUUUUUUGCUAAUUUUUUCCCAUUUUUAACUACACGUGUUUCUUAAUUGGAAACAGAAAGUUGAUAAAUAAAAAAAAAGAAGAGAUCGUAAAAAAAGUGUUUCAUUUUUAAAGCAUCCCAAAAUGCCUAAAAACAAAGGUAAGGGAGGUAAAAAUCGUCGUCGUGGUAAGAAUGAAAAUGAAGAUGAAAAACGUGAAUUAGUAUUUAAAGAAGAUGGCCAAGAAUAUGCACAAGUGAUGCGUAUGUUGGGCAAUGGCCGUUUAGAGGCAUAUUGUUUCGAUGGUGUCAAACGGUUAUGUCAUAUACGUGGCAAACUUCGUAAAAAGGUGUGGAUCAAUCAAGGUGAUAUCAUCUUGAUUGGUUUACGUGAUUAUCAGGAUACAAAGGCCGAUGUUAUACUCAAAUAUAAUCCGGAUGAAGCAAGAAAUUUAAAAACGUAUGGUGAAUUACCUGAAAAUGCUCGUAUAAAUGAAGUUUCAUUACGUGAAUUUGGCGAAGAUGAUGAAGAAGAGGAUAUUAUUGAAUUCGGUGAUGAUGUUGAUUCUGUUGGUUCAGAUAAUGAUUUACCAUAAUGAUUUGCAACAACAACAACAAGAAUAUUUUUUUUUUUUUUUUUGGUCGCCAUGCAUUUUUCCAUCAUUAUUAUUUUUUUCCAUGUGCAACCAAAUACAACAAACACAUGAACACACACACACACACAUUCAUUAUAAAUCUAUUCUAUCGAUAUUCUUGCUUGCUCUCUAUUCUUCUCUAGGUAUUUGUUUUUUUUUUCAUUUUCACACUCUGUUUAAUUUUCUUACACACAAAUUCUAAAUGGCUAAUAAUUAUUACACACACACACACUUAUUUAUCCACCCCCCAAAAAAAAAAUUU